AUGGCGCUUGUGAGAGCUGCUGAACAAACCUCUUCUUCUUCUAAUACUUCUCGGUAUUGUCGUUAUCACGUGUUCCUGAGUUUUAGAGGUGAAGACACUCGCAAGACUUUUACCGACCACCUCUACACAGCCUUGGUCAAUGCAGGAUUUCACACUUUCCGUGAUGACGAUGAGCUUGAGAGAGGAGAACAUAUUAAGCGCGAAUUGCAGAAAGCAAUCAAACACUCACGGACUUCUGUUAUUGUGUUCUCGAAAGACUACGCGUCGUCCACAUGGUGCCUUGAUGAGCUCAUGAUGAUCCUCGAACGUAAGAGGAAAUCAGCUGACCAUGUCAUUUUACCAGUGUUCUACGAUGUGGAUCCAUCCCAUGUGAGGAAGCAGAAAGGGAAUAUUGCGAAGGCAUUUGCUAGACACCAAAAAACUCAACCGCUGAAGAAGGUGGAGGUGUGGAGGGAGGCACUUGCAGAGGUUGCAGAUCUAGCAGGGAUGGUCUUACAAAAUCAAGCUCUUGGGCACGAGUCAAAGUUCAUCAACAAAAUUGUUAAAGUGAUAGGAGACAAACUAAGUCGCACACCCCUAAGUGUUCCCAACAUCAUGAUCGGGAUGCAAUCUCGAGUCAACAAACUUAACUUAUGGUUACAAGAUGGAUCAACUGAUAUCGGCAUAGCUGUAAUUUAUGGUAUUAGUGGAAUAGGAAAGACAACCACUGCAAAGUUUGUUUAUAAUUCAAACUUUAGAAGAUUUGAAGGAAGCAGCUUCCUUGAAAAUAUCAAAGAAAUUUCAAAACAACCUACUGGCUUAGUUCAAAUACAAACACAACUUCUUUCUGAUGUUUUGAAUGGGAGAAAAGUGAAAAUAAGCAAUCUCAGUGAAGGAAUAACUAGGAUUGAAGAUGCCAUAAGUUCUAGAAGGGUUCUCCUUGUUCUCGAUGAUGUGGAUCACAUGGACCAAUUAGAUGCAGUACUUCGGAUGAAAGAUCGAUUUUAUCCAGGAAGUAAAAUCAUUGUAACAAUUAGGCGUGCAAGAUUGUUAAAAGCUCAUCAAGUUGAUCAUGUGCAUGCUGUUGAAACUUUGAAUUACAAAGAUUCAUUGGUGCUCUUCAGUUGGCACGCUUUUGGCCAAGACCAUCCCAUUGAAGAUUAUGUAGAAUAUUCAAAAAAGCUAGUGCACCACAGCGGAGGGCUUCCAUUAUCUCUUCAAGUUUUAGGUUCUUCUUUGUCGGGGGAAAGCAUAGGUGUAUGGAAAAGUGCAUUGGAGAAGUUAGAAGCUAUUCCAAAUGGUGAAAUAACAAAUAAACUAAGAGUAAGCUACGACUCUUCACAAGAUGACCAUGACAGAAAAUUAUUCCUCCACAUUGCUUGUUUCUUCACAGGAAAGGACAAAGAUUAUGUUGUUAAAAUACUAGAUGGAUGCGAUUUCUAUACAAUUGUUGGCAUUCAAAAUCUCACCGAUAGGUGUUUAGUGACAAUUGAUGAACGUGAGAAGGUGCAGAUGCAUGACAUGAUUCGUGCAAUGGGAAAAGAUAUUGUUCUUCAAGAAUCAGAGGAGCCUUGGAAGCGUAGUAGAAUAUGGCAACAUAAGGAUUCUUUCAAAAUCUUGACAGAAAAGAAAGGUUCAAAAACAAUUGAAGGUCUUGUCUUGGACGUGCAUAUGAGCCAUACAAACAAUCCCACAAACUCAAAGGAGAAGGUUUUAGAAACCAAUGCUUUUGCAAGGAUGCACAAACUAAAGCUCCUCCAUCUUAGUCAUGUGCAACUUGACGGAUCUUAUGCACAAUUUUGUACAGGAUUACGAUGGUUGUGUUGGCUUAAGUUUCCCUUGGAUUCUAUACCCACUGAUUUUCCUUUGGGGAGCCUAAUUGUUCUUGAAAUGCAAUAUAGCAGCUUGAGACAAGUCUUUGAAGGAACGAAAUGUCUUCUGUUAUUGAAGAUCCUUGAUCUCAGCCAUUCUCAUUCCCUUACAGAAACUAUUGACUUCUCAUUUUGCCCAAAUCUAGAGAAACUGAUUCUUGUAGAUUGUGUGAGCCUGAUUUGUGUCCAUGGAUCCAUUGGAAACCUUGAGAGACUUGUUUACUUGAAUAUGAAGGAUUGCAAAAAUCUUAGGAUACUUCCAGAGAACAUGUUCAUGCUAAAAUUACUUGAAGCACUUAUUAUAUCUGGUUGCAUAAAUCUUGAGUUACCAAUUGAGAUGUUGAGGAGUAUGGAAUCUCUGAAAGUGCUCGAGACAGAUGGAAUUCCAAUAGGUGAAUUAUGGCCAGGAAGAAGUUCAUGUAUCUUGAGUUCUUUACCAUGCUCUUUAGUAGACUUGAAUCUUUGCGGGUGCAAUAUUUCGGAUGAUGCCUUUACCAGGGAGUUUAGUAAUCUAUCCUCAUUGCAAAGUCUACAUCUAGGUAAUAAUCCAAUUUGUAGCCUGCCAUAUUUCAUCAAAGGUUUAAAGAGGCUCGAUACACUCUCUUUUGCAUGGUGUAGGAGUCUCAAAUCGCUUCUUGGGUUACCAAAACUAGGCGAAUUGGUUGUGGUAGUUGAAUGGGAGUACAGGUACAGGCUAGAACCCAUUGGAAGAGUUGAUGUAGAAAUAAUCAACCUUUUGGGCUUGUGCAACGUGGAAUCCAUGGCACCCAUUCAAAUGCACAGCUCAGGUUGGGGGUCACGAAAGGAUGAUUGCAGUCCAGUCCAGGGACUGUAUGAAUGGGGUAUAUUCAGCACAUUUUUUGUCGGGAAUGAGAAUCCGAGGCUUGAAGGUCUACGUUACGUUGUCUAUACAAAAUAUGUCAAUGAUCUUCCUGAAGGUGAAGGAGAAGACAUGAUAUGGUUAAGCCACUGGACGUUGGGGGAGAUAGUUCACUUAGAAGGUGGCGAUCAAGUGGUUGUUUCAGUAAUUAUGCAACCUUGCUUUCAGGUGAAGGAGUUUGGCAUCCAGCUUGUGCAGGUGCAAGAAGAGAAUUAUAAUAUGAUGGCUAUUUCCACAGAUUCUUAUUAUCCAUGUGUCAGGAGUGGAGAUUUGCGUCAAUAUGAGCCAGGAGUAUACUUGCUCUCCGGUACGAGUGUACGAAUACGAGAUCCGAUAUGGCUACAGAAGCUCCUUGGGGACCCUGAUGGAGAUACGACAGACGAAGAAGAACAACAAGGGGAUGAUCUCACAAUUGCUGCAAUGGCAACCAGCAACCACUCUGGUGGCCUCCAUGGCUGGAAGCUGCUCAUCACCGCAUCAUGUUUCUUUCUCAUGCUUUCUCUAAUUACACGGUCGUCUCGCUCACACAGCAAGAAGCGACAGUCAAAAAGUCAUGGAUGA